UUAAUAUCAUAUUAAUCAACAAUUCCACUCCACAAAUGUAUUUCUUCUAGUUCCAGUAACAUAAUGUACUCCUCCUUCAGAAAGGUAUUUCCUGUUCGAGUUCUUCAUUCAAAAAGUUUGAAGAAGUUGGAAGUUCUGGUGACACUUUUUUUGGACAUAACGAGAAGAAUGAUGGGAAGAAAGAGUGAGGCUUUAUGUGUCGUAGGUGGGCCCAGACCUAACCCAGACUGUCCCAAGAGCGCUCGGAUGGCUUCCUAUAUGCAGGCAGCCUGUUCACUUGCCGUAAAGCAAAAUGGUGCAAAUUGCGACCACCUAUGCAUCGUCGUCCCUGUUUCUCCAUUUCCAGCCUGUACCUGCGUCUCUCUUCCUGUCAGCAAGCUCCUUCUAGCCUGUCGUUCGGGAAGACGACUCUGUUCUCUUACGGUCAGACUUACUGAAAAGGCGACUACGUUGGAUUAUAACAUCUAUUUAAGUGGAUCUUUAGCAUUAAGAUGGUUUUAAAUUUAUGAUAUUUAUUCGUUAAGAGAUUGGUGAAAAUGAAGAAAUGUGCAAUCUCGAUAGGAUUUUUGAAAGGAUGUUCGAAGAUUCUUUUAAUUCGUUAAUGAAGAUGGAUGUUAGUUAGUUCAAGUUGUACUAUUAUAAUUUUAUAUUUUCAUAUCCUGCAAUGGAUAUACAAAGAAAAAUGGUAAGGCGAGAAUCGAGAAUAUUUGCCUAAGACUAAUUUUAAAGUAUCCAAGUAAUAAAUCUAGCGAUAAAAACAAAUAAUUAAAAAAUUUAUUUAGAAAGAAACUUCGUACUUUUUCUAUGUUCUUUUUGUCUUAUUAAUGAUAUAUAACAUCCGUGACGCGGAAUUGCAGAAAUACGAUCCCGUUUUUCAAUGUUUUUUUCAGACAAAUGCCGCUGUGAGCGCUCCCCGAAGUGCGACGACCUUCGCGCUGCGAAGAACUAGGAUAAACCAGUGGUCUACGUAUCUCUUUGGACGUAGAGUAAGCUAAUCCGGUUGCGGAUCAUGUUUGCAGCCCCUUUAAAUGAUACUGAUACGCCUUAGUCGCGAAAGUCGCAUGUUCCGAGAUCCAGACAGUUUCUUCAUCUGUUCAUUUAGGAAUUCUGAUCGAACCAAUUUAACAAUUUAUCUAAUUGUGCUU